GGUUCCAGCGUUUGCUGUCGACCUUCAUUACAGCGUCGUUUUUGGCCUUCUUUAUACACGCGUCGGCUUUUUUCCUCUCUAGCACCAUGGCGAGCCAGUCACAGGGCAUUCAGCAGCUGUUACAGGCUGAGAAAAGGGCCGCGGAGAAAGUCGCCGAAGCCCGGAAACGGAAAAACCGGCGCUUGAAACAGGCCAAGGAGGAAGCUCAAGCUGAGAUCGAACAAUACCGUCUCCAGAGGGAAAAGGAGUUCAAGACCAAGGAAGCUGCGGCGCUGGGUUCCCACGGCAACUCGGCCGUAGAGGUGGACAAAGAGACCUUGGACAAGAUGGGCCGCAUUCAGAGCAGUUACCAGCAAAACCGAGAAGCUGUCCUGAACAACCUCCUGAAGAUGGUGUGUGACAUCAAGCCUGAGAUCCACGCCAACUACCGUGUCGCUGGAUAAACCUCACAAAUCUGUCCACCAUUUGCAGUAGAAACACCGAGGCAUAAACUGUCAUUGUACAACCGUUAAGAUGUUCCAGCCAUACAUACGCAUUUAAUUACAGAUAUCACAGGUAGUUCAUCAUUUGUUUACUACAUAAAUAAAAAAAAUCCACAGUUCGUCUCCAAUUCUCGCAAAUUACAAAAGUCUAUUGUUUCUACCUGUUGUGGUGUUAGAUGAAUUAUAUUUAUAUUUAUAUUGUUUGAUGGUGGUCCUGCAGUACUUCAGUGCAUGUCUCUGCAUCGUUAGACCUCAGUUUGAAUGUGGUACCAGUACAUAUGUUUGUCUGUGCAUCUAGUUAUGUUGUUUGUUGUUUAUAUUAAUUAUUAAAAAAUAGUUUUAAAAAAAUAAAUUGAUUGCUGAAUAAACUGGAAAGCUACAGAACCCUGGAGCGGCUACAAAAAGAAUUUUGUGUGCGCGCACAUAUAAACUUUGGGAUGAUAUAAAAAUAUUUUCUCAAGAAGACUAGUUUGACUGCAAAUGAAAAGUAAACUAAUAUCAUUUUCCUUGUUCUAUGUCUUCAUAGCCACUGCUCGGUUCUGUAGGAUGUUUUUGUAUCUGUGGAACAUUUGUGACAAAGCUGUCCAGCUGAGAAAUAGGAGUUCAGCUCAUUUCUUCAUUUUCCUCAAUGGCUUCUUUGUCUACUGUGUACCUCUGACAUUCCUGUGUUCGACCUGGCUGUGAAAGUACAGUAAAUGAUAAUAAAUGGUUCAGUGUGCUUA